UGCUUAUCUGCUCCCUCUCUGAUCAGGUCGCGCUGUGGAGCUAACAAUGGGCCCUGAGCGAGUCUUCCCUAACCAGAGUGAGGAACUUAGUGAUGCCCAGGAGCCAACAGGGGGAUGGAGCGAUGGGGAGGAAGAGGAGGAGGAAGAUGGAGAGAUACAGAGCGGGUACCAGUACCAACCACUAAACCAGGACCCAGAGGAAGGGGCACAGGGGGAUAUCCAGGAGCGGCUGCAGGCAAUGAGGCUUCACCUCCCUGACCCCCCUGCAGACAGCGAUGAUGACGGUGAGGAGGAGAGCGACGCAGCUCACAGAUCCAUCCUCAUGGACGCAGGAUGGCAAGAAGGUAAAGAAGACUUCUUCAUAGCUGUGGGACUGUUCAUGCUGUCGCUCAGCACCAAGGUAUGUGCAGCUCUUAUUUUCUGGGACAGCACUAACUCAGAAAUUGCUGCAAACUUUAUUUCUAUGACUCCCUAAUUUUACCCCAGGGCC